CAGUUACUCCUCCCUCUUUACCCCAUUUCUAUCUUUCUCUCUUUCAUUAGGGGCAUUAGCGUCUAUUAUCCACUAUUUACUGUUGUAUUUUUAUUUUUAUACGGGUGUGUGAUUAUUCUGCACAGUGGUCAUGGCGUACACCCUGCAGAGCGGCACUAAGAAGAAAGUCUGUUAUUAUUAUGACGGGGAUAUUGGAAAUUAUUAUUAUGGACAGGGCCAUCCGAUGAAGCCCCACAGAAUCCGCAUGACUCAUAACCUCCUGCUGAACUACGGCCUGUACAGGAAGAUGGAGAUUUAUAGACCUCAUAAAGCCAUCGCAGAAGAGAUGACCAAGUACCACAGCGACGACUACAUCAAAUUUCUGCGCUCCAUUCGGCCAGACAACAUGUCAGAGUUUAGCAAGCAGAUGCAACGUUUUAAUGUAGGAGAGGAUUGCCCAGUCUUUGAUGGUCUAUUUGAGUUCUGCCAGCUCUCCACUGGAGGUUCUGCAGCUGGUGCUGUGAAGUUGAACAGGCAGCAGACUGACAUUGCAGUAAACUGGGCCGGUGGUCUUCAUCAUGCUAAGAAAUCGGAAGCAUCAGGAUUCUGCUACGUCAAUGACAUUGUUCUCGCCAUUCUGGAACUGCUCAAGUAUCACCAGAGGGUGCUGUAUAUCGACAUUGAUAUUCAUCAUGGUGAUGGCGUAGAGGAGGCAUUUUACACCACUGACCGAGUGAUGACUGUGUCCUUCCACAAAUAUGGAGAAUAUUUUCCUGGCACAGGAGACCUGCGGGAUAUUGGUGCAGGAAAAGGGAAAUAUUAUGCAGUAAACUUCCCUCUGAGAGAUGGAAUUGAUGACGAGUCAUACGAACAGAUAUUUAAACCUGUGAUGUCUAAAGUGAUGGAAAUGUACCAGCCCAGUGCAGUGGUGUUACAGUGUGGUGCAGACUCUCUCUCAGGAGACAGAUUGGGCUGCUUCAACCUCACCAUCCGCGGCCAUGCGAAAUGUGUGGAGUACAUAAAAUCGUUUAACCUGCCGUUAAUGAUGUUGGGUGGUGGGGGCUACACCAUCCGUAAUGUGGCUCGCUGUUGGACAUACGAGACAGCCGUGGCCUUGGACACAGACAUACCUGACGAGCUGCCAUAUAAUGACUACUUUGAAUAUUUUGGUCCUGACUUCAAACUGCACAUCAGUCCAUCCAACAUGACCAAUCAGAACACACAGGAGUACAUGGACAAGAUCAAGCAGCGUUUGUUUGAGAACUUGCGAAUGCUUCCUCACGCUCCUGGUGUCCAGAUGCAGGCCAUUCCAGAAGACAGUGUUCCAGACGACACAGUAGAUGAAGACAUGGAGGACCCAGAUAAACGCCUUUCCAUCCGUGCAUCUGAUAAGAGAAUUGCCUGUGAUGAGGAGUUCUCUGACUCUGAAGAUGAAGGAGAGGGCUGUCGCAGAAAUGUUGUCAAUCACAAGAAGGGAGCCAAAAGAACUCGUAUAGAGGAGGAGAAGAAAGAGGCAGAAGAGAAGAAAGCUGAGGAGAAAGAAGAGGAAAACUCAGAAAAGACUGAUGCAAAAAGUGUGAAGACUGAACAGACGAGCAGUACCUGAGAUGGCCCUAGGGGAUGAAUACAUGCACACUCAGGCUCUUAGAGCAGAGAGCGUUCCUUCACCCUUUUUUGGACUUGACUCUUAAGCAUUAUAUUUAUUACUCUGUGUUUAGACGAGUGUUUGCCAGUAAAGUUCCCUUUGUAUCAUUGUGACCUAUUGGAUCUUGAAGCAGCUGACAGCAUUUAGAGCUCUAACUCUGCCUGUCUCUCUCUUUUUCACCUUUUCCUCCUUCCUCCGAGAAGCCCGUUUCUCUCACCAGGCCGCCGGGGUUAUUUUUUGGAAUAAAGUUUGGAAUCUGUUUUGUACAUGUUUGAGAGAGCAUAAUGUGGAUCUCCUGAUGACAUUUUGAUUUCUUAUUUGUUUAAAUUUGAUAUUUUGUAUUUGAAUAUUAAAAUUGUUUUAUAAUA